GAUUAGUGUCAGGUUUCUUUAGCAACAGUUAGCAUGGAGCCAAGCUAAUCCUCCAUCAUUUUUAUUAUCAUCGAAGAGGUGUAAAACGGACACGCUCUUGGAUCACGCUUUGUGGAAUAGCACCGUGGUCUAUAAGAGUGUGAUUAUCUCUGGUGUUACGGCUCGAUUUGUGGCCGUGUUUUAUCUUUCUGGAUAACUUAAUCAAAGUGUCAUGGCAGAGGUAGCGGACUGUGUUUCAGCCCACACCGCAAAAAGGAAACAACCAGCGGGGAGGAAGAGCCGACAGAGCCAGCAGAAGAAGACGUCCAGCAGCCGGGUGAGUCUAGACAAAGUUCUGGGUAUCAGCACUGCCGGCAGCAGCGGUUUGACCUCUGACCCCAAGUCCGGGCUCAUCGCCUAUCCUGCAGGAUGUGUCAUCGUGCUGCUUCACCCGAAGAACAACAAACAGAGUCAUAUCAUCAACACAUCCAGGAAGCCCUUCAGUGCUCUGGCCUUCUCUCAUGAUGGAAAAUACCUGGUCACUGGUGAGAGUGGCCACAUGCCCUGUGUGCGAGUGUGGGACGUGGAUGGAGGUCAGGUGGCAGAGGUUCAGUCUCAUAAAUAUGGAGUUUCCUGUGUGGCGUUCUCCACCAACAGCUGCUACAUCGUCUCUGUGGGAUACCAGCACGACAUGACUGUUAGUGUGUGGGACUGGAGGAAAGGUUCGAUCAUCGCCUCCAACAAAGUUUCCAGCAGAGUGUUCGCCGUCUCCUUCUCCCAGGACAGCAGCUACUUUGUCACCGCAGGAAACCGGCACGUCAAGUUCUGGUACCUGGACGCCUCCAAAGAACGACGGGUGAACAGCACGGUGCCUCUGAUUGGUCGGUCUGGGUUGCUAGGCGACCAUAAGAACAGUGUGUUCAGCGGGGUGGCAUGUGGGCGUGGCCUCAUGGCAUCCAGCACCUACUGCAUCACCAGCUCCGGGUUGCUGUGUCUGUUCAACAGCAGCCGUCAGCUGGAGGCCUGGGUGAACCUGAAGACGCCGUCUGCGAGCUGUCUGGUGGUCGGCACGAACUUUAUCUUCUGUGGUUGUGCUGACGGGAUCAUCAGAGUGUUCAGCCCCUCCAACCUGCAGUACAUCACCACCCUGCACCGACCGCACCGCCUGGGAGUCGACCUCACGCAGAGUGUAAAGCAUGGCAGCCUGUUACCUGCCAGUCCAGGUGUUCAGUACCCCGACACAUUGGCUCUGACCUUUGACCCCACUGCCCGACACCUGACCUGUGUGUACAACGACCACAGUGUGUACGUGUGGGACGUUAAAGACGUGAGGAACGUGAGGAAGCUGUACUCUGCUCUGUACCACAGCAGCUGUGUGUGGAGCGUUGAGGUGUAUCCAGAGCUGUCCGAUGUGUCCCAGGCCGUUCUGCCUCCGUCCUCUUUCUUCACCUGCUCGUCAGAUAACACCAUCAGACUGUGGCACGCCGACCCCCCCACCGGACACGGGAACCUCUACAGCAAUGACCUGCUGAGGAUUUUGUAUGUGGGGGAGAACAUGCAGCACCUGCAGGCUGACGGGGAGGCAGCCGGGGCUGAUGGGAAGGCUGGGAUACGAGUGUUGGCUAUCAGCCCUGAUGGACAGCACCUGGCGGCUGGAGACCGCUGUGGAAACCUGCGGAUCUUUGGUCUGGACUUCCUGGAUGAGCUGGUGAAGAUCGAGGCUCAUGACGCGGAGGUGUUGUGUCUGGAGUUCUCUCCCCCAUCCACAGGUGUGAGGCUGCUGGCAUCGGCCAGCAGGGAUCGACUAAUCCACGUCUUCAACCUAGAGAAGAACUAUGGUCUGGUCCAGACGCUGAAUGACCACUCCGCCUCCAUCACUGCUGUCAAGUUCACAGGUGAGAGUCCAGAGGUUCGAAUGGUCAGCUGUGGAGCUGACAAGAGCAUCUACUUCCAGACAGCUGAGCAGACGGCGGAGGGAUUGUCGUUCUCCAGGAGUCAUCAUGUGGUGGAGAAGACGACACUGUACGACAUGGACCUGGACUCAUCAAGAACACAUGUCACCAUUGCCUGUCAGGACCGAAACGUCAGGGUGUACAACGUAGAAACUGGGAAGCUGAAGAAGUGUUUGAAAGGCUCGUCCAGUGACGACGGUGCACUGCUCAAAGUUCAGAUGGACCCGUCAGGCAGUUUCUUUGCCACCAGCUGCUCUGAUAAAAACAUUGCCAUCUUUGACUAUGAGUCGGGGGAGUGUGUCGCCACCUUGUUUGGACAUUCAGAGAUCGUCACCUGCAUGAGGUUCAGUCAGGACUGCAGACACCUCAUCACCGUCGCAGGAGACGGUUGUGUGUUUGUGUGGAGACUGGACUCGCAGAUGACCAGCACCAUGAGAAGGAGGUGGGGUCUCAGACUGAAAGCUGCCCCUGAAACCUGCAGCCACAAACAGCCAAACAUCAGGCGGGAGACCUUCAUCACUGUUCCCUCCUCUCAGAUACAUCAGCAGCAGCAGCAGGAGGAGGAGGAGGAAGAGCCUGAGCUCAGGACUCCUGCCAGACUGGACUCUGCACCCGAUGCUCAGCUGCUUCAGACCAACGGAAAGCUGCCCAUGUGGUUCAGAAAGCUGCAAGGUGAGGACAGGGUCUCCUCUACCGUCCAAUCGGAUGCAGAGCCUCGUCAGGUGCGAAGUCGGUGGACAGAGCAGCUGAACCCUCUGACCAUUUGCUCCAACUUCUCCCCGAGUCCCACCAAGAGUCAGGAGGAGGAGGAGGGGGGAGACUUCCACCCUCAGAGUCUGGAGAGUGUGCUGGGAGAGGAAGAGGAGGAGGAGGGAGAGGAAGAGGAGGAGGAGAAAGAGAGUGCAGGUGAGGACAGGAGCAGCUACAUCCUCCCCCCCAGCAUCGACCCCACCGCUGACAGGGAGUUUGAUGUUGAGGCUGUGAUGGACCCUCGGCGGUCUCUGACCCAGCUUGAGGUCGGAGGUCAAGGGGCGGAACCGGUGUGGAGCGUUCAGCUGAGUCCAGACUCUGCCUGCUCUGAGGGGAGUCUGGAGCAGCAGCAGGACGCAGACACAGACUCUCUGAGUCAGGGCAGCUCUGUGGGCAGUUUGUGCCUGGAGGACGACGAGGACAGAAACUCCCUGAAGACCCACUUCGAUACGCUGGCCUCCAGUCUGACAGAAGAAAGGUUUGACACUGACCUGCGGACUCUGCAGCCUCAGGAGGGCAAGCACUUCCUGAACCCUCGACUCAGCAUCUCCACCCGCUUCCUUUCCCGCUUCCAGGACAAACUCAGGGCAUGGCCGAGCCGAGCUCCGCCUCCUGUGUCCAUCCCGACCAGGAUCUCAGAGGAGAACAAUGUCAGCAGCACAUCGGUGAACUCGGAAUCGAGCAGCAAAGUCGCCUCAUCAGAGUCGACUCAGAAAGAACUCGGCAGCGGUGGAGCGAGGUGUCACCAAUCAGUCCUUUGCAGAAGGGCUUCCUGCAUGAGUUCUCAUCAGCCCCCUCUCCGCCGAAUACGCAGACGACACACUGUGUUCAUCCAGUGCAGAGAGACGCUGGGAGACAGGACUGUGGCGGCCCACAACACCGGUGCAGCAUGUGGAGUCCAGCAGGACGCGCCGCGGCUCAGAUACCUGGCGACCACAGCCAGUUCCAGGGCCAAACUGAGCCAGGACCCUCCCACCUCCCACUCGUUCACCUCCACCCAGGAGGCGGAUAAGGAGAACGUGUGCUCCUCCCCAGACACCCAGCUCCCUGCACCCAUGAUGUCUGCUGGGCAGGAGCUCCACAGCACCAAAUGUGACAGUCAUCAGGACCAGACCAGCAGUGUUGGUCUUUCGUGUCAGAGUCAUGUACCUGCAGCCAGCCCUCAGGUGUUGGCCACACCCACCAAUGUGCUGUCAUGGGGCGGGGCCAUGGGGAGGAGUGUCAGCAGCUUUGAAGAGACAUUGACAAAUCAAAGUCCAUCACUAAUCCUGAGCCCCGCCCCCUCUGCCACCCUUACAACCACACCGACCACCUGUAACGUCACCAGUGUCACUUCUGACAUUAUCUGCUCCACUUCAAGGUGCGAGGAGAGUCCAGGAGGAUCCCAGACUGGAGUCCAGACUGAUCCACUCAGCAUCUCUAAACAUGAUGUAUCAGGCUCAGCUUUAGCAGCUGGUUCACCCUGUGUGCUGCCCUCCUCUUCCUCCUCUCCUCUGUCAGAAAGAUUCCGUCCCUGCAAGACAGGUAGCGGCGAAGACUUGGUCAGUCUGCUGCAGUGUCAGCAAGUCGCCACCGAGCUCAGGCAGACAGCGAGACGAGCCAUUUGCCUCUAUCAACAGCUCGAUGUUAAGAUGUCGUGCACACUGCUGGAGGCAUUUGAUGAUGUUCACUCAGAGCUACAGGUAGUGUUGCAGGGAGCUGGGCGGGGCAGCAGCGCCCCCACUGGUCAACUAGAGGACAGCAGGACGGCAGCUCUGCUGGAGAAAUACUCAGAACUGCUGCUUCAGAUGACUCGGAACAAACUGAACCGAAUCUGAACAAGGACCAGUGACUGUCCUGCUGUGGGUACGGAAGCUGUAAGAGGACAAAUUUUACUUUGAGUUACAGUGUGCUGGGGGCAUUGGGCUCAAAGACUGAUGGAUUGUAUUAAUAUCAGUAUUAAUUUUAAUGCACCUUUUGUUUUUAUGGCAGCAAAUUGUUCUGUAUUUUAUAUCGUGAUUACUACGUUUGUACAUAAACUGUAGUUCUGUAUUUCUUAAUAAAUGUUUAAUGUGCUUUAUAAACCAAUACUUUAUUUCAUGCUUUAAAUAUUUUAAUUUCAGGCAACUAGAGAAGAGAAAUAUUCAUUUUUACUUGAAACAACUUGGAAACUCAAUGUU